UGCGGGCAGCCCUCGGCCGGGGUCUUUCAGGAGCAGCUGUCAUGGCGGCCGAGCUGGCUGUUCGGGACAUGGAGACAGAUCGGGAGCCGGGCUCAGGCCCAAACCCAGUCAAAGAUAAAGACUCGGAGUUCCUCAGUGUCGCGAAGAAGCGGGGGAAGUGUAAGAGGAAGAUGGAGCCGGGAGCGGGCAGUCUGGAGGCGGAGGAGCCGAGAAAGAGGCCUCACUUCCCCGCUGUCUCCGGACACCAGCUGGUGGAUGGCAAGGAUGAAAUUCGCAAAGUAGCUGUACCUGCACACAGAUAUACACCUUUGAAAGAAAACUGGUUGAAAAUCUUCACCCCAAUUGUUGAACACUUGCAGCUCCAAGUGAGAUUUAACCUGAAAACCAGAAAUGUUGAAAUCAAGACUUGUAAAGACACACAAGAUAUAGGUGCGUUGACGAAGGCUGCAGACUUUGUAAAGGCUUUUGUUCUUGGAUUCCAAGUGGAGGAUGCCUUAGCAUUAAUUCGGUUGGAUGACCUAUUCCUAGAAACAUUUGACAUUACAGAUGUGAAACCAUUAAAAGGUGACCACCUUUCCAGGGCAAUAGGACGAAUAGCUGGUAAAGGAGGAAAAACUAAAUUUACAAUAGAGAAUGUAACAAGAACAAGAGUAGUUCUUGCUGACUCGAAAGUCCACAUCCUUGGUUCUUUUCAGAAUAUUAAGAUGGCUCGGACAGCAAUCUGCAACCUUAUCCUAGGGAGCCCUCCAUCGAAAGUUUAUGGCAAUAUCCGAGCAGUAGCAAACAGAGCAGCAGAACGCUUCUGAUUAUGCAAUUCGUGUACAGUGAUCUCAAUGCACAACAAAUUAAGGAACUGAUUUGGGAGUAUUUUUCUUUAAUACCUAUUUAUUUUACAGAAUAUUUUCCCCUAGUGUACUGGCAUUUACAAGUCAGGAUUGAACAGAAAUAAAUUGUUCUACUUUGCA